AUCCUGGGGCGGGGCGAUGACGCAAGAGCGAAUCCUGGGGGCGGGGCGAGGCCUUGGAGAUGUGUCCUGGAGGCGGGGCGGUGACGCGAGGGCGGGUUCUGAGGCGGGGUAGGGAAGUGACGUUUCGCCUUGGGGGCGGGGCGACGACCGGAGGGGCGUCCUAAGGCCGGGGCGGUGACGCAAGAGCGACUCCUGGAGGCGGGGCGAGGCCUUGGAGAUGCGUCCUGAGGCGUUGUAGCUAAGACUGACCCGGGGCAGUGACGCGGGGGCGGGAUCUGGAAGCAAGGGCGGGUCCUAGGGACCUGGGCGCGCUGCCGAGGCCCGGAAGCGGACGGUGGAGGCUGCUCGCCAUGAACGAAGCGGACCGGCUGCUUCUGCAGCGGCACCGGCGGCUGCUGGUGGAGGAGCUGCGGGUGGACCAGCUCUGGGACGCCUUGCUGAGCCGCGAGCUGUUCAAGCCCCACAUGAUCGAGGACAUCCAGCGGGCAGGCUGUGGAUCUCGGCGAGAUCAGGCCAGGCAGCUGAUCACAGAUCUAGAGUCUCGAGGGAGUCAAGCCCUUCCUUUGUUCAUCUCCUGCUUAGAGGAGACAGGCCAGUACACAUUGGCUUCGAUCCUGCAAACUAAUAGGCAAACAGAAAAGUUCUUGAUUCCCAAACCAAAGGAUCACAGACCAGUGGACUUUGAUUCUGGAGGAUUGGGUGAUGGCGGUGCCCCUGAGAAUUUGAGGGGAAAUGCGGAUUUGGCUUAUGUCAUGAGCACGGAGCCCUGUGGCCACUGCCUCAUUAUCAACAAUGUGAACUUCAGCUUCGAGUCCAGGCUCAGCAUCCGCACCGGCUCCGACAUCGACUGUGGGAAGUUGCAGCUCCGCUUCUCCUUGCUGCAUUUCAUGGUGGAGGUGAAGCGUGAUCUGACUGCCAAGGAAAUGAGGCUGACUUUGCUGGAGCUGGCGCGGCGGGACCACGGUGCUCUGGACUGCUGUGUGGUGGUCAUCCUUUCUCACGGCUGUCAGGCCAGCCACCUGCAGUUUCCAGGGGCUGUCUACGGCACAGAUGGAUACCCUGUGUCAGUUGAGAAGAUUGUGAACAUCUUCAAUGGGACCAGCUGCCCCAGCCUGGGAGGGAAGCCCAAGCUCUUUUUCAUCCAGGCCUGUGGUGGGGGCUGGAGUGCAAUGACUAGAUCUUGGCUCACUGCAGCCUCCGCCUCCUGGGUUCAGGCAGUUCUCCUCAGCCUCCCGAGUAGCUGGGCUUAUAGGCACACACCACUACGCUCAGCUGAUUUUGCAUUCGUAGAAGAGAUGGGGUCUUACCAUGUUGGCCAGGCUGAGCAGAAAGACCAUGGGUUUGAGGUGGCCUCCACUUCCCCUCAAGAGGAGUCCCCUGGCAGUAACCCCGAGUCAGAUGCCACCCCAUUCCAGGAAGAUGCGUGGACCUUUGACCAGGUGGACGCUGUAUCUAGUUUGCCCACACCCAGUGACAUCUUUGUGUCCUACUCUACUUUCCCAGGUUUUGUCUCAUGGAGGGAGCGCAAGAGCGGUUCCUGGUAUGUGGAGACCCUGGACGACAUCUUUGAGCAGUGGGCUCACUGUGAAGACCUGCAAUCCCUGCUGCUCAGGGUCGCUAAUGCUGUUUCGGAGAAAGGGAUUUAUAAACAGAUGCCUGGUUUCUUUAAUUUCCUUCGGAAAAAACUUUUUUUUAAAACAUCAUAAGGCCAGAGUCCUUCAUCCUGCCUUAUCUUGCACUCCAAAGCCUUCCUGCCUUAGGCCUGAAAGUGGCUGAGACCUGGACUUUUCCUGCAACUCAAGGGCUUUGCAGCUGGCACAGGGUCUGCUCUUUCUCUGCCAGUGAGAUAGGCUCUUAGCAGCUUCCAGAUUGUCGACAAGUUCUGAACAGUGGAGGAACAGGGACAGAUGAAUGCUGCGGAUUGUACAUGGCCUCCUGAGCAGUGGCUGGUCUGGGGCUAGUGACUGUGUCCUGUGAUCGCUGUGUUCUCUUUAGAGCAGGGAUUAACCUCUGUGCUACUGACAUGUGGGGCCAGGUCAUCCUUUGCUGUGAGGUUGUCCUGUGUGCUGUGGGAUGUUCAGCACUAUCCCUCACCUCAAUGCCAGUAACAAUAUCUCCCUGAGUGGUGCCAAACAAAAAUGUCUUCAGGCGUUGCCAAAUAUGUCCUGGGCUAUAAAAGUUUCCUCACCUGGCACCCAGCACCUACUGAUCUGUAGGGGUUUUUGGCUACACACAAACCAGUAUCUCAUAGAUCAGUGAACUGGGGCCUACUGGAGUCUGAACAGCUGUAAUCUGUGAAUUCUAAAUGAAGUUUUAAAAAUUGUUAAUUUUUCCUAUAUUGCAUUAAUCUUAAGAAAUAAAUCUUAGGCAAAUA